AUGUCAGCUACAAAAGCCUCCAGAAUAGGAGAAGAAACAAGAAUCGAUAAAGUCAAUGCGGAGCUAGUCACAUUAACUUACGGCACCAUUGUCGCACAAUUAUGCCAAGACUACGACAGCAACUACCAGGAGGUGAACAAGCAAUUGGACAAGAUGGGUUACAAUAUCGGUAUGCGAUUGAUCGAGGACUUCCUGGCCAAGUCGGGUGUGGGUCGGUGUUCCAAUUUCCGCGAGACCGCCGAUAUGAUUGCCAAAGUGGGUUUCAAGAUCUUCUUGAACGUGGCACCAACGGUCACCAAUUGGUCCAGUGACAACAACCAGUUCUCAUUGAUAUUUGAUGAGAACCCUCUGGCAGACUUUGUCGAGCUACCGGAUGAUGGCCGAGCUCAAGAUGAGCUCUGGUUCUCCAACAUCCUAUGUGGUGUGCUUCGAGGAUCGCUGGAAAUGGUCCAAAUGCAGAUCGAGGCGCAUUUUGUGAGCGAUGUGCUGCGCGGUGAUGACACUACAGAGAUGCGGGUCUCGCUGGUUCGAUACAUCGAGGAUGAGAUGCCACCGGAAGAGGAGUAA